AUGCCUCCUAAAAAGUCCGCAGCCGAUCCGCCCGCCAGCGAUGCCCCGGUGGAAGACAAGAAAUCAAAUUCUGCGACGCAUCCGUCCACCGCCGUGAUGGUGAAGGAAGCUCUCAAAGCGCUGGACUCGCGUAAAGGCGUCUCCUCCCACGCGAUCCAGACCUUCAUCGGACAGAAACACCCCUCUGUGGAUUUGGUGAGGCUGAAGCACCUGGUCCGCAGGGCCCUGAAGAAAGGCAUCGAGACCGGCACGCUGGUGCGGCCCGCCAACUCCAACGUCACCACCGGCGCAACGGGCAAGUUCAGGCUGGCGCCCAACACCAAGGAGGCCAAGACGAAAACUGAGAACGUUGAUCCCAACGUGCUGAAGGACGAAGCCAAGAAGCUGAAGAAAGCGGGUGCAGCGAAGAAACGAGAUGCUGGUGAAGAAGAGGACAAAUCAAAGGAAGCCAAACCUCCUAAAAAGUCAAAGAAGGAAAAGGAAGCUACUACCUCAGACCCCCCCGCUUCAAAGGUUGCGCCAGCUAAAAAGCCAAAAGCCAAAAAAAAAGUUGUGCCGAAGGUGUCAGAAGAUGGUGAAGAAGCUUCAGAAGCUCCAGAAGCACCAAAGGGCCCCAAAGCAGGAAGGCCGACUAGGAACAAGGUUCCUAAAGCAGGCGCCGACGCACCUGCUGUCAAAGCACCUGCUGUCAAAGCACCUGGGAGACGAGGGAAGAAGGCUGAAGCCCCCUGAAUCCACACUCAACCUGUUUUAUACUGUUUUGCAAUAAAUCUUAAUUUUCCGA